ACUGUAAAUGCUGGAAUUAAAAGUCUGUAUUUGACACAUUCCAUAAAACCGAAACCAACAGUCUGCAUUGAGAGCAUGCCGUCAGAAAUGCUGCUGAAGAUAUUUUCCUAUUUGGAUGCUGUGUCCCUGUUGUCUGUUGGUUGUGUGAAUAAACACUUCUAUGAUCUGGCCAAUGACAACAGAAUUUGGCUGAAAAUUUAUUCCAGGUGUUUUCAACCAAAAAGGAAAAUUUGGAAAAUGAAGUCUGAACAAACAGAAACUGUUUCCUUGGGCUGUGCUGCUCUACAUGAUAAAAAGCCUGGGCACUGGAAGAAAGAAUACAUCUCAAAACAAACAGCUGCUGUCAAAGCUAGAGUAAUGCGACUUGUUAAACCUGUAGAUCCUUAUACAGGUUUCCCAUGCAAAAACAAAGAAGCUAUAAAAGCCUCUGGGUUGAGUUGGAUAAUUAUUCUAAAGGACAAAAGUGGAAAAGAACAUGUAAUAGAGAAAGCAAACCUGUCAUUUAAGGACACAUCUGUUAGCAUACUUUGGUAUAGUCCAGACUGGCCAAGCUUAGACAUCCUGUCAACCCUGAAGCUAUUCGGAGUUACACCAUUGCUUCCUGACCAAAGCAGAGAUCCCAGCAAGAACAGGCCUUGUCGACGUUCCUUAAUUGCUGAAUAUCAUCUUGCUAACCUGACUGAAAGCAGUGUAGCAGUUGGUGCCGAUAAGCUUGUCCAGCUCUUCAGUCUGAAUCCAGGACUCUUAAUAGGAAUUUGGAAGGAGAAAAAUGAAAUUGCUUUUGUUAUGGCAAGUCUUCAUUAUCAUCAACUUCUUGAGAGAAGCAUUUUGGGUUCUGCUACUGUUCAAUAUGUCCCUCCACCUAAUAAACCUGUAUUGGAUGACAUUGACCCAGAAUAUGGACUGCAUGACUACAGUCUGCAUCUUCAUAUGCAUGGUAGAAGCUGCUCCUUCCUGUGCGUAACAUUCAAGAGCCUUUUCUGCAGAAAAG